AUGCUUGCCGGAAGUUGCUUUUGCGGAAGGAUCAAGAUCAAGUACACCGCCGGGUCCAUCAAUGCCGGGAGUCUUUUUGUGCAAGAUAUCAUUGAGCGGCUCGCCCUAUACCCUCAACUACGCCCUUGCUAUUAUGGAAUUAAGGUCACUGGCACUCCGAAAGAGAUAACCAAGACUGCAGAAAGCAACAACACCGUAGCCAACUACUUUUGCCCAGACUGCGGUACACCUCUGUAUGGAGGAAGCCUAUCACCAGAUGAAAAGCUGGAUGCCAUUGUGUUGAGAGCUGGCACAUUUGAAGAUCAAGAGAUUAUGCACGACCAACUGCCAAUUAUCGAAAUCUACACAUCUCGGCGUCUCAGAUGGAUCGAGCCUUUGCCCUACUGUCAACAGUUCGAAGCAAUGCUGCCUUCGGGUGUCUCUUUCUCGCUGACAGAUCCCGUCGAGCCCGAUCCCUUGCAGCAGCAUGAGGGUAUAAUUGUUGACCGUCCUGGAAUUCUGGUCUUCAAAGUUCCUGCUAUGCUGCAUGCUUUCGCAAAGGACUGCACAUCGGGAAACGGCACAUUCAGCAGUGUUGAUUUGUUAGCUGCAGGAGAAGUUGAGCCCGUCACGAAGAGUCCUUCGGUACAGGCGUUGCGCGUGGAGAUCCUUGGAUCUGUCAUGCCUGGCGACCUCGAUGCUACGGAAUCGAACGGAGGAGUGGAUAGUCCUACCAUACAUCCCAUCAUACAGUGCUGGCGUAAAGCAUUCCGCUCGCUGCCAGACCACCGUCCAAUUGAACAUAUGUAG